GAUCUCAGAGCACAGAGGGUGCUUUCAUAGAUCUGGAAUCUGGGAUCUAGUCCCAGUCAAGGAAUCUGAAGUCAUCUUAAAGGACCAGAGUGGGUCCAGAUGAGAGAACUCAACGGCCCUGAAGAGGCAUGGUCAGGCUCUUGGCGCCAGGGACGUAUUCAUGGAUGGCUACGUCAUUGCGCGGCCUGGACGCUGGGCCUGGAUCCUUGAGACGCUGGAUCCUAACCUGCUUGGCGGCGCUACUGUUGCUGCUUCCGUGGCCAAACUUAGGUUACAAUGAGGACCACACAGAACCAGUUUGUGGCACACCUUGGUGGCCUGACAACUUGGAGGAGAGCCACCACUGGCCCUGGGAAGUGAGCCUUCAGACAGAAAAUGAGCAUGUGUGUGGAGGAGCCCUCAUUGAUAGAAACUGGGUGGUGUCCGCGGCUCACUGCAUCCAGAGCAACAAAGAAUACUCAGUGAUAUUGGGGAGCAGCACACUCCACCCCAACGGCUCCUCCCGGGCCCUGAAGAUUCCCGUGGGUGACAUCAUUAUGCAUCCCAAGUACUGGGGACGGAACUUCAUCAGAAGCGAUGUUGCCCUUCUCUGUCUUGAAACCCCUGUCACUUUCAAUAAGUACGUGCAGCCCAUCUGUCUCCCAGAACACAACUUCAACUUCAAGGUCGGGAUGAAGUGCUGGGUGACUGGCUGGGGCCAGGCUAAGGAGCACGCCUCUGCCAAGCUGACACUGACUCCAGAGCUUUGGAAGGCUGAGGUAUUCAUUAUAGACAACAAGAAUUGUGACCGUAUUUUCCACAAGAAGAUCUCCUACCCCCGAGUUAUCCCCCUUAUCCGGAAGAACAUGAUCUGUACCACCAAUUUUAGGGAGGACAUAUGCUACGGAGACCCCGGGGGGCCAUUGGUUUGUGAAGUGGAUGGCAGAUGGAUUCUGGCCGGGGUAUUCUCAUGGGAGAAGUCCUGCGCCAAAGCACCGAGUCUAAAUGUAUACACUCGCAUCACCAAGUAUACCAUAUGGAUCAAGGAGCAAGUGAGCCAUGGGACGCUGUCGGGGCCCUCCUGGCUUCUUUUCCUGCCCUGGCUGCUGCAGCUCCCAGUGAGUCCAUGACUUCCCCACCCCUUCAUCGUCCUGUCUGGCCUCUGCUGAAUGGCACUAGGUAGAUGACUGAGCAUAGUUGCAUAUCCAUAUUCCACAGGAGUCAGGGUAGAAAGUUUUCCCUGGAGAACUUGGGUCCUGCUUUAGCAUCCUAGCAGGGAGGGCUGUUGUUUCUGAACUCUCCUCCCCUUCCCCCAGUCACUCAAGCAACAUUCUGGAAUUUAAGACCAAGAACAGAGAUUAAACUUGUGUGAGCAUG